AUUUAUGAAUUUCAAAGCAAGAACAUGUCCCAUAUGCCCCACAUUCCCAUGUGACCUCCUUCAUCUUCUUGGAUUUAAAUUCCCAUCUUCAAAAACAAACAUCAUUCUCCUUCUCUCUCUCUGUCUCUCUCGUUUCUGCAAAAAAUGGGAAGAAAGUGUGUGUUCACACUAGCAUUGGCAAGCCUCUUCACUGGGCUAGUGGCAGCUGCAGAUUGGAACAUUUUGAACCUGAAAAGGAGAAACUAUGGGAUUGAAUCUAAUAAUUUGAAGAAUUAUUGUGAGAGUUGGAGAAUUAAUGUUGAAGUAAGCAACAUUAGAGGUUUUGAGGUUGUGCCUCAAGAGUGUAUAGCUUAUAUCAAACACUAUAUGACAUCUUCUCAAUAUGAGGCAGACAUAGAAAGAGCCAUUGAAGAGGUCAAGCUCUAUCUCAGUAGCUGUAGUUGUUGUACUUUGGAAGGUGAUGGUAAAGAUGCUUGGAUUUUUGAUGUUGAUGAUACUCUUUUGUCUACCAUACCUUUCUACAAGAAACAUAAUUUUGGGGGAGAGAAGUUGAAUAAAACAUUAUUGGAAGGUUGGAUGAAAGAAACAAAAGCACCAGCUUUAGAGCAAACCCUAAAGCUCUUCCAUGAGAUGAAAGACACAGGAAUCAAAAUCUUCGUUGUCUCUUCAAGAAGUGAAACCCUAAGAUCUUCUACCGUUGAUAAUCUCAUCAAUGUUGGCUAUCAUGGAUGGUCUAGUCUCUUAUUAAGGGGUCUUGAAGAUGAAACCAUGAAAGUGCAAGAAUACAAAUCCCAAGCAAGAAAGAAAUUGAUGGAUGAAGGGUAUCGCAUUUGGGGAAUCAUAGGAGAUCAAUGGAGUAGUCUUGAAGGUCUACCUUAUGCAAAAAGAACAUUCAAAUUGCCAAAUUCCAUGUAUUAUAUUCCUUAAUAAUUUUUAUUAAAUUAAGUUAUUAAUUUAUGUUAUAUUUAUUGAGUAUCCUCCAACACUAAAUCCAUAUUAAAUAAUAAUUUUUGUGGUUGCUAUUUU